GUCGACUUAUUUAAAGGAGACCACGAUUUCGCUUCAUUCACACCAAAACUUGUCGGAGAGAAACAAAUAGUUAAUAAUACAAAUAAGACAAUCAUUGAAUUCAAUGUAAGCCAAUCAAAAAGUUUGGAUUCAAGUAUUCAUACGAGUAAUCAGACUAUACCUCAAAUAAGUUUAUGGAGUUUUGAAAUCAAAAGCAAAUCUUUUUUAUACAAUCAGGUUAGACGAAUGAUAGGUUGUAUUAUAGAUGUGGGACUCAAUCGAUUCAAAUACAAUCACAUCGAAUGGCUUCUCAAUAACCCGUGCCCUAAGAACUGGAAGUUUAGCCAAACAGUAGCGCCGGCCAAUGGGUUAUGGCUGUCUGACAUACAUUACGAUCAAAGCGACGUGCAAUUGUGUGACGAUUUGGGCGAUAAAACCAAUGAGUUUGCAAAUAGUGAGCUAUCUAUGAAACAUAGCAUACAAACGCUUUUAAGAGCCCGAGAGCCGCACUUCACUGACAGCCGAUUAAAGGGUUGUACAGAAGUAUGCACUGAAGUGCACAUCACUUUGGGUUUGCAUCCC